AUGGAGCAAACGGACGAGGCGUCGUCGGUGAACGAGCAGAGCGCGGAGCGGCGGCAGCCGUCCGUGGUGGCCGGCGGCGGCGCCAUGGCGUGGCUCGACCUCACGCUGGCCGUGAACGCCUCUUCUCGCGACGAGUUCCCGGCGCCAGACGGCGGCGACUCCUCGUCCGCCGGUUCAGACGGCGAGCCGCCGCCGGCCAAGCCCGACGCGUCUGCGUCUGCGUCUCCUUCUCCUCCUCCUCCUGCCAAUCCCACGCCGCACAAGGUGUUCUCGUGCAACUUCUGCAUGCGCAAGUUCUUCAGCUCGCAGGCGCUGGGCGGGCACCAGAACGCGCACAAGCGGGAGCGCAGCGCGGCCAAGCGCUCCACGUCGGCGUACCACCACCACCUCCACGCGCAGCAGCGGAUGGUCAUGGCGGGCCUGCCGCUGGAGGCGCACGCCGCCCUGGUGCGCGCCGCGCUGCGGGUCAGCCCGGCCAGCACGGUCAUCCACAAGGCCGCCAGCGCCAGCCAGGACCUCGCCGCGGCGCGGGCGUCUGCUGCCGCUGCCGCUGCCGGUGCCGUCGCCACGAGCACGGCGCCCAGGUUCCACGACGGCGACAGCAGCAACGCUUCCACGGCUGCCACACCGUGGGCGACCGCGCUGCUCUACGAGGAGCCGGUCAGCUCCACGUGGCCCGGGAGCUUCCGGAUGAGAGCGCAGCCUGAGCCGCCGAGCUCGGAGCAGCAGCAGGCGUCGGAGCAGAGUAAGAAGAUCGACUUGGAUCUCAGGCUGUGAAACUGAAACUGAAUCGUAGUUACAACUUACAUACAUGUAGAGAGAGGAGCUAGCGACCCUGUACUUUGAUUUUAAAUUUGUUUCAAUUUUCACCGGUAUAUAGUUAUUUAUCAACUGUUUAAUUCCACGACUAAUCGAGCUUGUGCCGCCUUCUGAAUAACGAAUGAUUUUGGAAGGAAAUUAUGGAAACCAUCAGUUCGACUGCA